AUGACACCACCUCAUACCACCCGGGACGAGCGAGGGGAACGAAGUCAUGCAGCAAAUCGUCAAGUUCCUGCGCGCAAGGCGGGGCCGUCCACGCAUACUUUGAGCCGUUUGGCAGUUGUCCAACUCCCACACCAAUCAACAGACAUCGCAUCCCUCGGUCUUCCAGAUGGCGCUUGCGUGAUAUCUGCUAACAAGAGCGUGGGAUUCGGUGCGACAGGUACUCAAGAAGAGCUUCAUGUGGGUAUUUCACCCGAGGCGUACCCAGUGACACUGCUAGCGCCCCCUCUGAAGGACCGCCAGGUCCUCACCUGCCAGGGUGCUGAAGCAAUGGUUACUACUAAAGAACACGGGAGAUGGGCCUCCUUGGACGGAAUAUUGCAUGGCAGACCAAUACCCCCGUCUGCUGACUGGCGCAACCGGGUCAUGCUAUUCAUGGACGCCCAGGAAUUGGACCUUGUAGACAGCGCUCAUCCACACGGUGGAGAGAGCAUUCCGGACCUGAUGCCAGGCUGUCUUCAUCGGGAAUUGGUGAAGGCCUACACCGCGUUCUGCUCGCAUUGUAGCAGGAAUAUCCGGAAGCCCUACUCCUUUGUCACUACUGGACUUUGGGGCUGCGGCGCUUUUGGGGGAAAUAGACAGAUUAAAGCGAUAAUCAAGUGGUACGCUGUAUCCAUGGCAAAUGUACCUGAGCUUCGAUAUGUCCUGGCUGGCCCAGAGCAGAAAGGAUUUGGAGAUGAGCUCAAGAGGUUCGUCGGCCUGGUGGCAGAACACACUAGGAGAGAAUUGGAGCCGCAGAAGCUCUUUGACGUGCUUGUCCGUCUGGGGACAGAGAUCCAGAAUGGGAAGUCCGCUGUUCCCAAGCCAGAUGCGAUUUUCGAAUAUGUUUUAAAAAGCCUGUAA